UGGGCCAAGAAGGUCUUUCUCAAGCCCAGGCCCUCUCGCGGGUCCCCGAAAAUAAGCGACAGCCCCAGAUACUCUCUACGCGAGCGAUCCAGCUUCAGUACGCAGACAAUCACCUCAACCUGGAUUGAUGAUGACAAUGACGAUAACUACGAUCCAAAGGCCAGAUAUGUCAGGAAGCGAAAGCGUUCAUCUCGACUAGAUGAUGUGGUUUCAAAUUCACCAGAGCAACAGAAUAGUCUCAUCGUUGAUUUACCGCUCAAAUCCGAUACGGGAAGGGCAUUUCUCUCCUCACUUCUUGCAAAUCACGAUGAUCGCAAAGGACCAACUUUGCCUGGGAUACCAUCAGGUGAAGCUAUUGAUUGCGAUCCAAAAUACCCUGUCACUCGCGUUAUUCGUACCUCUCUGGCGCAUCCGAUAAUUUUCAAUUAUGAGCCGCCGGAGGAUGGAUCCAGCCCGUGUCACUGGUGUGACAAUUUCACCUAUGGAUUGCUGGGGUUGGGCAGACGAACGGUGGAGGUGUUGGAUUUUGGGGAUGGAAGAUGCAUCGAGAUUGGUGGUGGUCACCUUGCUCAAGGUCACGAGCCGAGUCGUAUGUGCGUUGUUUGCGUGCUUGAACGUAUCCAUGUCAUGCGAUGCGUAGCUCAUCGGAUUGUCCCUCUCAAAGGAUACAAUGUCGACAAAUUUGAUCUGACGGCUGCGUACAAUAGCUUGGUCCCAAUGCCAGGACAGGCUCCGAAGAAGAUCAAUCCGUGGUGCUCAUUGUGUCCGCACCCGGCUUUUUUCGGAUGCGGUGCCUUACAGACGGUGAAUAAGUUUCAAGAACCUGUAGAUGCGCCCUCUCAAGAUGCGAUUGGGUGUGGUCUGCUCCUUUGCGAGAAAUGUGAGGGGCUGAUGCGCCUCUACCGCGGGGAUUUGGCGCAAGUUGUCCUGAAGAAUGAAGAGACUGAUGCUGCAUUUGGAACACGCGCUGAUGCGAUUUAUUUGCUGCCAGGAAAUGACAUGUACCGAGCCUAUAUCGGGUCCUAG